AUGUCGACGUCCACCCCACCCGCAGGCCCUCCAACAGACGGAACAGAAGCAACAUAUACCGCAAUGGAUUACACAGACUUGGACUCGAUCGGCGCACAAUGUGACUUGGAAUACUGCCGACAACUAGACUUCCUCCCCUUCCGUUGCCUCUCCUGCCACCACACCUUCUGCCUAGACCACCGUAGCGAGACUGCGCACAAAUGUACGCACGCCGGCGAAUGGGCACGCAACCGACGGCGUAACAGCGUCGGACGACCAAUUUCCAAUUCUCCAUCCUCGGGAAAGCCCACUAUCAUGACCGCAAAACAAUGCAGUAGCCCCACAUGCAAGACAUUGGUCAACACCUUGGGGAACAUUGGCGUGCACUGCGCAAACUGCAACCGAGAAUACUGUCUAAAACACCGCUUCCGAGAAGAGCACGACUGCGCCAAUCUUAUCCCUCUGGGCGCCCGCCCCGUCGACAUCGCCAUCCAAAGCAAUAAAGAAAAGAUCAAGUUAGGCUUCGGCCGGCUGAAGACCUGGGGCAAGGCGCAGCAGGAGUCGCUCAAACCAGUCCCUAAACCCUCCAGCAAAGCCGCCCAAUUAGCCGCACUGAAUAAUCUGAAGAAAACCGCAAAAGGCGAUGACAAGUUAGACGCCGCAAAGAGAGUCUAUCUCCACGUCGAGGCUGAGGCCAAGACCACCUCCAGUAAAUUACCGCGCGCCGAACUGUUCUUUAGUGCCGACUGGACGGUUGGCAGAUUGUUGGACGACGCCGCCAAGCGCCUGCAGGUUGCGAACAUCAACAAUCGUGUCCAGACCGAGGAGCAGAGACUGCGGGUCUACCAUGUCGAGGGUGGACGUUUGCUCGAGUACUCCGAGAAAGUUGGCGGUCCCCUCGCCAGCGGGAAUACUGUGGUCUUGUUGAGGGGUGUUGGUCCCAACCAAGAGAAGUGA